AUGGACCGGCCUCCUCCAAAGCAUUCUUGGAGCGACUCCAAUCCAAGGCAUACAUACGAGGAACAGCUCAACAACAACCUGGGUGCAUUCAAGUAUGCACAUGUUAUUGAUCCCUUGGUCGUGCCUGUCAUGCACUCUCCCGUGUGUCCUCAUCAUCCGCCUGCUCUCUGUUACUACUGCUUCUCCCUUGCUUGCACCUCCUGCUUAGCCUGCUCCACUGGAUUGGCCUUUCCAGAAUUUUGUACUGAAUCAUGGCUGUGA